UUUCACGAGGGAAUCUAAGAUAGAGCGAGAACUUCUCAAGGAAGAAUCCAAUGCUGAUCGAGAAUCAUUGGGACCAUUGCUAUUAACCGAAGAAUUGAUUGAUUACUGCGCUUUGUAGUUACUGAGGCGAAAGACUUCGAACUUCGUCGUCUUCAGAGAGAGAGGAUGGAGGUGGUGGGAACGGUUCGGUGCCAGAGAAUCGGAUGCAACGCCAUGUUCACGGAGGACGAUAAUCCCGAAGAUUCAUGCACGUAUCACGAAUCUCCUAUAUUUCAUGACGGGAUGAAAGAGUGGAGUUGUUGCAAGAAAAGAAGUCAUGAUUUCAGCUUGUUUCUCGAAAUUCCAGGAUGUAAGGUAGGUAAACACACAAUUGAAAAACCAGUGCCACCAAAGCCAGCUGCUGCUCCCAAACCAUCUCCAGUAGCAGUUCCUGCAACUAAUGCAUCAUCGAAGGAUGCUUGCCCUAGGUGCCGUCAGGGAUUCUUUUGCUCGGAACAUGGUCCUCAAGUCAAAGUGAUGAACCCAAACCCACCAAGUGCAACGCCACUUACCAGUGCCGAAAUAAAUAAGGGUGGACGGGAAGGCCUUCCUGCUCCAGGGAAGAAGAUAGUAGAUAUAAACCAGCCCCAAAUCUGUAAGAAUCAGGGAUGUGGUAAAACUUUCAAAGAGAAGGAUAAUCAUGAUACUGCUUGUAGUUACCAUCCUGGGCCUGCAGUCUUCCAUGACCGGAUGAGAGGGUGGAAAUGCUGCGACAUUCAUGUGAAGGAAUUCGAUGAGUUCAUGGCCAUCGAGCCAUGCACCAAGGGAUGGCACAACGCCGAUCCAGUGUCGUAACAUGCAGACAGACAUUUGUUUCUUUUGUUACUCUGCAAUUGGGGAUCGACAGACAUUGGUUCUGUUCGGUUGCUCUACAUUACAAGAUAGACAUGUUGUGUUUUGGUUUAACAUAUCCGCCCAUUCAUAUUGAAGGAGACGGAACCGUGAAAGCUAGGGCCCUGUAUUUUACCAUGUGAAUUGAAAGGGUCCUGUAUUUUACCAUGUGAAUUGAACGUUAUCCGAGAUGUGUAGGUUCGGCUUCA